AAGUUACACACUUUUAAGAAGACUUUUGCAGCAAUUUUCCUGACGUUUCAAAAUUUACUUAAAAAUGUUCAUAGGUUAAGCGUUGACGAGAUUGGGAUCAUUAUGUAAAUUCCUUGAGUCAAGAAGUUAAGCUACGUCAUGCCACUACAGACAGGUCUAGCUUUCCAUCGGAAGCGACAAACGAUAGAAAACCUGACUCUGGAACGUCCACAGAAUCUCCAAAGUUUUUACGAAGCGGUGGAAGAGGCCUUAAAGAAGAUCGAAAACCAUCUUUCCUACAUAGAACUGGAGUAUUAUGGGAUGGAUAGAUCCCCGGAUGAGGAAUUAAAAAUCUGGCUUCCGGCUUUGGAGAUUGUUAUGACGCAUGCCAAAACGGGGAUUCUUGUUUCAAAGCAGCAACUGAAGGACGUGUUCGAUUUGUAUGACCGUUCAAUCGGCGAUCCAACGAUGGUAGUUAAUUUAGACAAGGAAGCUGUUCAAACAACUUUAGAGGUUAUCAACAAAGUGGAUACGUAUAUUCGUCAAAAAUUUAAGAGUAUUAUUGAUGGAAUUUUAAUUGUGUUAGGGUACAUGAGGAAAUAUUGUCUAAGUUUCUGUGGAGUCAGUGGAGAUUCUUAUUUGGAAACUGCUACAAACUACGAAAAACAACGACGCGAGCUCGCUGAGGCCAUUAAAAUCAAUCUUGAUGACAUCCCCGUGAUGAUGGAUAAGUUUGAAAAUGAUGGCAUACGAAUAACAGAAUUGGGAUCGGUCCCAAGAAGAAUAGCCGAGCGCGUGCAAUGUGGUCACGUGCCGUUUCUUGUGAUGUUUUCGGGAGCGUGUGAAAAUAUACGUAACGCGUGUAUAGGAGUUCGAAAAUGGAUCCAAGCAGACGAUGGAUAUGCCACUUUUAUUCAGUUUGAUAUUACAGACUUGGAAAAGAAAAAGGAAAUUGACGGAAAAUUGCUACGAGAUUUACAAAUACGAGUGUCGCAUUUGGACCACCGAUUUAAAGUAUGCAAGAGGGAUAUUCAGGAAUGUGUAGGCGAAUUAAAGAGAGUUGCAGCUAAAGAAAAAAGCCUUAGAAGACAGGAGGAACAGUUGAAGGAAGACAUCCAUGACUUAGCAAUGGAAAUGGAAGUCAAGGAGAUCCAAAGAGACGAAGCAAGGAAAGUUUCCGAGACACAACAGAAAGAGCGAGAAAAGGUAGAAAAACUGAUAUCUGAAAUUGAACAAAUGAAAUUGAAAAAACCAAUUCUAGAAAGAAAAGCAGAUGAUGUGAAACGUAAACUGGAAUUCAUGAAAUUUCGACGUGAAUUGAAAAACAAACGGGAAGACCAAUUACGCGAGAUUAAAGAGGAGCUACGAGAGGCUAAACGAGAUUUGAGGAGAACGGAAGUGGAAUGUGAAAGACUUGAGAGGAAUAUUCUUAAGCUGAGAGAAAUUCAUAGAUUUAAAACAAGCCCAGAGGUUUUGAAGAAACUGUUUUAUAAUAUGCCUCUCACAAAUAAGGGAGCAGCCGUCAGCGGCGCAAGAAAAAAGAAAGGAACCGUUAUAGCAUUUCCUGACUUACCAUUCGCAGAUGAGGACAAAUUGGAGAGGGCGACUCGAGUAACCUCAAUCAACAUAGACAAAGAUUGGAUCCCCCUUUACCGAGCCUUACCCUUUCAUCCCCCACGAGGAGAGGAAAAUCUCCGCCAGGAUAUUGAUGAAAUCAACACUGUAUUUCUUAGAGACACUGUUGAAGUUCACGCAAAACAGGCGCUUCAUAGAUGGCGACGCAUGCACACCCGGGCUAGCGUGGACGACCUCAAGAAAGCUCUAAUUGCGAUCAAGCGGAAGGAGGUUGCAGAAAAGGUUGAGGAGGAACUAAGUAAGAAAAGACCAAUCAAAGCAAAGGUACCACAGACUGUUCGGUUUCCAAAAGUGCUAGUUCAGACUCAACAAGUGCGCGUUCGACACAGUUUGUCAGAUGCUGUUAAAUGAUGUUCAUGUCAAUGUAUUAUUGUCAAUUU